GGUUUUGUACCAUUUACUUGUGUUGAUAUGCAUAAUAAUGAUAAUCAAAAGUCUCUUCAUUUUUUGGGACAAUUGAUUCAAGAAAUGGCAAUAAAUUUAGAUCAACAACUACAAACCAUUCUUUUAAAGGAAAUUUGGUUAGCGGUUGUUAACUUUUUAAAAAAAAAGGCCAACUCAUCUAAGGGUGAAACUAUAAGCCAGGAUUUACAAAUAAAGCCACCAACAUAUUUUGGAAUUAAAGUUGCACUUCGCAUGAAAAAA